ACUACCGAGGCAACCACGACACCUGCCCCGACAACAACUACCGAGGAAACCACGACACCUGCCCCGACAACAACUACCGAGGAAACCACGACACCUGCCCCGACAACAACAACCGAGGAAACCACGACACCUGGCCCGACAACAACUACCGAGGCAACCACGACACCUGCCCCGACAACAACAACCGAGGAAACCACGACACCUGCAACCACGACACCUGCCCCGACAACAACAACCGAGGCAACCACGACACCUGCCCCGACAACAACAACCGAGGAAACCACGACACCUGGCCCGACAACAACUACCGAGGAAACCACGACACCUGCCCCGACAACAACUACCGAGGAAACCACGACACCUGCCCCGACAACAACUACCGAGGCAACCACGACACCUGCCCCGACAACAACAACCGAGGAAACCACGACACCUGCCCCGACAACAACUACCGAGGCAACCACGACACCUGCCCCGACAACAACUACCGAGGCAACCACGACACCUGCCCCGACAACAACAACCGAGGCAACCACGACACCUGCCCCGACAACAACAACCGAGGCAACCACGACACCUGCCCCGACAACAACCACCGAGGCAACCACGACACCUGCCCCGACAACAACUACCGAGGAAACCACGACACCUGCCCCGACAACAACUACCGAGGCAACCACGACACCUGGCCCGACAACAACAACCGAGGAAACCACGACACCUGGCCCGACAACAACAACCGAGGAAACCACGACACCUGGCCCGACAACAACAACCGAGGAAACCACGACACCUGCCCCGACAACAACUACCGAGGCAACCACGACACCUGCCCCGACAACAACAACCGAGGAAACCACGACACCUGCCCCGACAACAACUACCGAGGCAACCACGACACCUGCCCCGACAACAACAACCGAGGAAACCACGACACCUGCCCCGACAACAACUACCGAGGCAACCACGACACCUGCCCCGACAACAACUACCGAGGCAACCACGACACCUGCCCCGACAACAACAACCGAGGCAACCACGACACCUGCCCCGACAACAACUACCGAGGCAACCACGACACCUGCCCCGACAACAACUACCGAGGAAACCACGACACCUGCCCCGACAACAACUACCGAGGCA